AUGGGGGAAGCUAAAGUGCUAGUUGAAAUGGAGUUGGAGAGAAAUUUUCCGCAACUUAUAGCUCUGGAUGAUAAGCAAGGCCAUAUUUAUCUGGUUAAAGUAGAAUACACUUGGAUACCUUCAACUUGUGAGAGAUGUGGCGGUUUAGAUCAUAAAGCGAAGAGGUGUCUUUUGCUUUCAAAACCUCUAGAUUCUUCUGGUUCCUCAGCAAAUCCAGAGGGUGUGAGUGUUGACAUUCCCGUUGUUGACAUAGACAAAAACUUGCAGGAAAAUAAUGAUGAAACAAUCUCAGGAAGCCUUCAUAAAACGUCUGCUACUGUGCCUCAGGUACCAAAUGAUUCUUCACUUCCUCCUUUGGAAUGCCAUUUUAUUAAAGACGUACCAGAGGAAUGCCAAGCUUCAAAUACCCCACAGGUCCAACAUGAUAACCAACUAGCACAGCAAACUUUGACCAAGACUUUAUCACCAUUAGUAGAUAUUGCAUCUACUCCCAUCUCAGCUUAUACUAUGGAAUUUUCUCCAUCAAACAUUAUCAACAGGGAGGUCCAAAAAGCCUCUAUGGUUGAUCCCUUAAACACAUCGGCUCAGGUAAGUGAAUUUCAGAGUCCUUCUCGGUUCGCUGUCCUUGGUGAUGUGGACAUGGCCCCUGAUGAAACAACGAGCUCGCUCGGGUUUACUAGGGGGAGGGAAUCAAGACCUCCAAUCAAGUUCCAAGAUCUAGUAUGGAAGACAACACAAGGGAGAGGUAAGCAUGGCCGUCGCGGCCGUGGUAAUACUCGCUAG